CCUCGAAAAGAAGGUAACAGGCACUGUACAUCUUUUGGUUAAUUAAACAUUUGGUCGCCUUGAUUUAUCGAUCAUCCGAUGAUUACUACUGUGUUUGUCCAAGACUGUGUAGGUUCAGUGUCACAUGCGUUUUGGUUGUUAUACGGUUGAUUGACAGUUCAACAAAAGGAACUCGGCGUCUUUUAAUACUAGACUUGACUUGACUUGACUUUGCCGCUGGCUGGCUGCAUACUCUAAAUGACGACAGCAUGAAUUCAGAUGCUGUCAUUUUACUGGAAACAGUCAACUUUGCUGCUGACAAACAUCGUAAUCAACGCCGCAAAGAUCAUGAAGAGACACCAUAUAUAAAUCAUCCAAUUGGUGUGGCAAGAAUUUUGAGCCAUGAAGGAGGAAUCACAGACAUUGUUGUUUUGCAGGCAGCAUUGCUACAUGACACAGUGGAGGACACAGACACUACUAUCGACGAGUUGGAGUCCAUUUUUGGGCCAACUGUUGCCAGGAUUGUCCAGGAGGUAACAGACGACAAGUCUCUACCAAAACAAGAGCGAAAACGUCUGCAGGUGGAGCACGCACCUCACUGCAGCCAACAAGCCAAACUGGUCAAACUAGCUGAUAAGCUUUACAACCUUAGGGACCUCAACCGGUGUACACCCAAAGGUUGGACAGCGGAGAGGGUGCAGGAGUACUUUGAGUGGGCAGUGAAGGUAGUCAAAGGGCUCCGUGGCACCAACUCAGCUCUGGAGGAUUUACUGGAUCAACUAUUUAGGGAAAGAUCUGUUAGAAUCUAAUAUAGCUGUGUGUGUUCUUGGUUGAAUUGUUCUUGUUAUACUUUAACCAACAAUGGGAUAUUAGUUAGCCUGUGUCUUUUUGAAGAAAUUAAUAUCAAUCAACUCAAUUAUGUGAAAGGCAAUUAAACUAGCAUUGUCAUGCUAUCAUAAAGGCUGUGAAUAGAUCAGUCUUUACAUAGUUUUUUGUCAUUUUUGUUGUAUAUGCCUACUUUUAUGCUGCGUUGGACAGAUUACAGAAAUAUUUAUUUUUGUAUCAGAAUAAAUUGAGAUUCUUCAAAA